AUAAUCAUCUUGGUUGAAGAAUUGCAAAAACAUUAAACAGGCGGCCAUUAGAAGCCCACAUUACUGCCUCACAGCCACAGAGCUUGAUCAUUUGACGUUAAUGAUCACUCUCUCAAGGCCACCACUAUAAUACCAUCAAAUCGUUUGAGCUCGUGGAAAGGCCAAAAUGAACUCACUCUUUUCUACCGCUGCGCUAAAAUGGCUCAGCUUAGUCGGCGUCAUUUGGCUUCAGACAAUUAAUGGCACCAACGCAGACUUCCCUGCCUACUCUUCCCAACUUAAGUACCUCCUCUCCAUCUCCCAAGUACAGCUAAACAAUCUCGCCGUUGCAUCUGACGCCGGAAAGCUUCUUGGCUGGCUCUCCGGCGUCGCCGCGCACUUCUUCCCUUUAUGGCUCGUGCUCUUCAUCGGAGCAGCCCUCGGCCUCGUCGGCUAUGGUUUCCAGUACCUCUUCAUAGUGAGGGAGGUAUCUCUAGCAUAUUGGCAGGUCCUUAUUCUCAACCUGCUGGCCGGAAACAGCAUAUGUUGGAUCAACACGGUCUGCUACCUAGCAACAAUGCAAAACUUUCCGGCCGACAGCCGGAUCGCGCUCAGCUUGUCAACGAGCUAUCAAGGAUUGAGCGCAAAGAUGUACGCUACGGUGGUUGAUGCAUUUAUCCCCGCAAGGUACGUGAAAGGAUCUUAUCUGCUGCUCAACUCUGUUGCUCCCAUUGCUGUGAGCACCGUGUUUGCACCGUUCCUGAGGAGGUUCGAAGUCGGCGACAGGCCUGAUGUCACGAACUGUGGCUUCGUGGCCUUGAUCUCCGUUGCAUUUGUUACCGGCAUCUACGCCGUGGUUGGAAGCGUUGAUGCUCAUAUACCACCCAUGGCCUUGGCCAUUGGGUUACUCAUCUUGAUGGUGGCACCAUUGACGCUGCCCAUUGGGGUUUCCAUUAGGGAAGUUCUGGAACAAAAGUGGAAGAGUAGAGACAUGAGGGUGUUUGAUUACAGUGUAGAAAGUAAGAGUGGAGAUGGCCUUGACAAGGUGGUGGCUGAAGGAAGUGGCCAUGGCGAUGAAGAGGCAGGAAGAUUUGAAAAUGUUAGGAUGGAAGAGAACGAGGAACUGGAAUGGGCAGUGAAAGAAUUGCUGAAGAGUGUGAACUUUUGGCUGUAUUUCAUGGUGUACCUGAUGGGGGCUACCUUGGGGUUGGUGUUCCUGAAUAAUUUGGGACAGAUUGCAGAAUCACGUGGCCACUCAGGGACAUCAACCCUGGUGUCCUUGUCGUCAUCCUUUGGCUUCUUCGGUCGCCUCAUGCCCUCAAUCGUGGACUAUUAUUCUUCAAAAUGGAAGCUUAAUCUGCCGAGGACAAUUUCUAUGGGAAUGCUGAUGGUGCCCAUGGUGGCAGCCUUCUUCCUGCUUGCGAUCAGCAGCACAAGCAUCACCCUCUAUGUGAGCACCGCGGUGCUUGGAGUGUGCACCGGGGCCAUCUCCUCCAUCGCCGUGUCUGCCACUCCCGAGCUCUUUGGGACCAAGAACUUCGGCCUCAACCACAACAUCGUGGUCGCAAACAUUCCCCUGGGCUCCUUCUUCUUCGGAUACGCCGCCUCUGUUUUGUAUGACAGAGAAGGUGGUGGCACCGGCAGUUGCGUAGGCAUGGCCUGCUUCCAAAGGACUUUCAUCUCAUGGGGCUGUGUCUCUUCGGUGGGAGUGCUUCUCUCAAUCUGGCUGUUUAUUAGAACUCGAAAAUAGCAUCUACGUACAAGGCUCUGGCUUUUACUCUACUCGUAUAUGUACUCUUGAAGAUCAAGUAGCUCGGAAGUUUUCA